GGCUGCCCGUUGGCCUCAGCUUCCCGGCGGCCGGCGCGUUCGAAACGGCCAAUCGCUGCUCGGAGAGGCGAAUUUAAAUCGUGAAUGGCGGAAGGGCUCGGCAGAGUUUCCUCCAGAUCGAGAAAAAAGCGCCCUAUUCACAUGGCACAGUUCCUGUUUGAGAGUGACUUGCACGGGCUGUUGAAGCUAGAUGCCCCUAUUCCCAAUGUCCCUCCUGCCCGAUGGCAGCGCAAAGCCAAGGAGGCUGCUGCCGCCAGCUCUGGACAUACCCCAGAUGCUACAGCUCCUUCACCCAUGAAGCCAGCUAACAGACCUCACAGCACAAGCAAGACCCCCUCCAAGACACCAGGCAAGUCUGGUUCUAAAGCACAAAACACUCCAAACAAAACUGGAGGGGACAGAUACAUUCCUAAUCGCAGCGCUAUGCAAAUGGAUGUGGCCAGCUUCCUCUUGACAAAAGAGGAGUCCUCUGAUGAUACUCCCACCAAGAAGGAGCAUCAGAAGGCCUGGGCAAUGAACCUGAAUGGCUUUGAUGUAGAAGAGGCAAAAAUCCUGCGACUGAGUGGAAAGCCUCAGAAUGCCCCUGAAGGAUACCAGAACAAUCUCAAAGUGCUCUACAGCCAGAAGAACACACCAGGCUCCUCUCGGAAGAAUGGUAGAUACAUAGCCUCCAUGUCAGACCGUAUUCUGGAUGCCCCAGACAUCCGCAACGACUACUAUCUGAACCUCAUCGACUGGAGCGCCCUCAACUUCCUGGCUGUGGCUCUGGAUAAAACAGUGUAUCUGUGGAACUACGAGUCCCGAGAAAUAAUCCAGCUCAUGCAGAUGGAACACCCAGAUGACUACAUCUCCUCUGUGUCUUGGAUCAAAGAGGGAAACUACCUUGCAAUUGGCACAAGUAACGCAGAGGUUCAGUUAUGGGACAUCCAGCAGAAGAAGCGUCUACGAAACAUGGUCAGUCACUCAUCCCGUGUGAGCUCCCUGAGCUGGAACAGCCACAUUCUAUCCAGCGGGUCACGGACCGGUCACAUUCAUCAUCAUGAUGUUCGUGUGGCAGAGCACCAUGUGGCAACACUUGCUGGCCAUACGCAAGAAGUGUGUGGGCUCAAGUGGUCACCUGAUGGUCGCUAUCUGGCCAGUGGAGGAAAUGAUAACCUGGUAAAUGUCUGGCCAAGCAUCCAAGGGGAUAGUGGAUCAUUUCAGCCUGUGCAGACUUUCACACAGCAUCAAGGAGCUGUUAAGGCUGUAGCUUGGAGUCCAUGGCAGUCCAAUGUGCUGGCAACAGGAGGUGGAACAAGUGACCGGCAUAUAAGGAUCUGGAGUGUGUGCUCGGGUACCUGCCUCAAUACAGUGGAUGCACAGUCUCAGGUGUGUGCAGUACUUUGGUCUACAAACUACAAAGAACUUGUGUCUGGUCAUGGCUUUGCCCAGAACCAGCUCGUGGUAUGGAAAUACCCAUCCAUGUCCAAGGUCACAGAGUUAAAAGGUCACACAGCUAGAGUGCUAAGCCUGACUAUGAGUCCAGAUGGGUCCACAGUGGCAUCAGCAGCAGCAGAUGAAACACUGAGGCUCUGGCGGUGUUUCGAGCUGGACCCAGCCCGUAAGAAGGAGAAAGACAGCAGCACCAAGAGUAGCAUUAUCCAUCAAGGCAUCCGCUGAGCCCACUCUCUAACCUAUUGCUUUGUGUACAGAAUUUUAAACAAUUUAAUAAAUAUUUCACUCUCACUUAAGAAAUGGGGUUGGUGCAUGGGGUUGAUAUCUAGGAUAGGAUAAAAGCAACAGACUGAUAUAUCAAAGUGGAUUUAAUUGUUGCUGGCUAUCUGGCCUGUAUCAUUUGUAAUAAACCAAAUAAACUACUGAUGGAAGACCAGA